AUGCUGGCUGCUGCUGUCACACUGCACGAGCCAGGUGCUGGAGAAGCUUAUGUGGCGCUAGAGCCAGGUGCUGGAGAAGCUUAUGUGGCGCCGGAGCCAGGUGCUGGAGAAGCUUAUGUGGCAGAGGAGCCUGGUGCUGGAGAAGCUUAUGUGACGCUGGAGCCAGGUGCUGGAGAAGCUUAUGUGGCAGAGGAGCCUGGCUCUGGAGAAGCUCCGUGGCUUCACAGGCUGUGUCUGUGCCCACAGGAGGGAGAGGAGCAGGAAGAGGCGCGUGGCAAGGAGGAGCGGCAGGAGCCCAGCACCACUGCACGGAAGGUGGGGCGGCCUGGGAGAAAGCGCAAGCACCUCCUGGUGGAGAGCAGUGACACGCCGAAGGACCCUGCGGUGACCUCCAAGUCCCCAGCCAUGGCCCAGGACUCAGGCCCCUCAGAGCUGUUACCCAAUGGGGACUUGGAGAAGCGGAGUGAGCCCCAGCCGGAGGAGGGGAGCCCUGCUGGAGGACAGAAGGGCGGGGCCCCAGCCGAGGGAGAGGGUGCAGCCGAGACCCCGCCCGAAGCCUCCCGAGCCGUGGAGAAUGGCUGCUGCACCCCCAAGGACGGCCGAGGAGCCCCCACAGGAGAGGGCAAAGAACAGAAGGAGACCAACAUCGAAUCUAUGAAAAUGGAGGGCUCCCGGGGCCGGCUCCGGGGUGGCUUGGGCUGGGAGUCCAGCCUCCGCCAGCGGCCCAUGCCGCGGCUCACCUUCCAGGCGGGGGACCCCUACUACAUCAGCAAGCGCAAGCGGGACGAGUGGCUGGCACGCUGGAAAAGGGAGGCUGAGAAGAAAGCCAAGGUGAUUGCAGUAAUGAACGCCGUGGAAGAAAACCAGGGGUCCGGCGAGUCCCAGAAGGUGGAGGAGGCCAGCCCUCCUGCAGUGCAGCAGCCCACUGACCCCGCGUCCCCCACUGUGGCCACCACCCCUGAGCCUGUGGGGGCUGACACAGGGGACAAGAACGCCACCAAAGCAGCCGAUGACGAACCAGAGUACGAGGUGAGCGGCUGGCUUCUUCAGCUGCCUCGUCCAGCUUUGUCUUGGGUCCCUCCACUGCCAGCUCGCCCCACUCUUCAGGUGGCCAGCAGCCGGGCCGGGAAGCUGUUCCCAGCGUGCCAUGACAGCGAUGAGAGCGACACUGCCAAGGCCGUGGAGGUGCAGAACAAGCAGAUGAUCGAAUGGGCCCUCGGAGGGUUCCAGCCCUCUGGCCCCAAGGGCCUGGAACCACCAGAAGGUCAGCACCGGGGCCCAGCCAGGCCUUCUGGACCCCUGCCAGCCAGGCCUGGAAAGCCAUGCUGA